AUGUCUGGGGUGAUUUCAAGGACAAUGAUGCAGGGAAACUCGAUUUUGCGAGGAUUUCUCAAAGCGCAAACACCGAUUUCACAAGAAGUUGCCGGAUUUAAGGUGGGAUUUUGGGAUUUUCAGGAACGUCCCGAUUUUUUCAAAAUCCCGUGUUUUUCAGGUGAAAUCUCGUCUCAAAUUGCGUUGCCGUAGUUGCUUCUUCCUACGAGUCGAUGGUCGAUUACACGUGGAAUGCAACGAGAAUCCACGUCAUAAGGCGCGCGAGGUUUUCGAUGUGAAAAUGUUGUGGUAAAUUGUGUUAUUUGAUUAGUAGAAGAAGGAGAAAUGAAACUUUUUGGUUUUGAUAACUUGAGAAAUUGCGUGCGCUGAUCUCAAGGCGCUCUUGAAGAUCUUCAAAAUUCUUUUCGGAACAUUGGAAAAGACAAUUAUUGCCGCGCAAACCAACCUAACUAAUUUUUCUCUUUUUUUCGUUUUUGAAAAUUUUUUUUUUCGUGUUUUCGUUAUUUUUUUCAGCCGUUUUGCUGACUUAUGACAAAUAUGAUAUUUUCAGGGAAAUUUCAUAGGGUUUCAGCUGUUUCUCUCACGUCAAACCGAAAUCAAAUUGCCCAAAAAAAAAGGUAUUUUCCACCGCCCGCAAUUCCACCUAAAAGCACACAUUUUUUCUAGUCAAUAACCAUGAAAAAUAAUGGGAUUUUACAAUGAUAUAUUUAUACAUAUAUAUCAACUUAUUAUUUACCCUUUUUACGUAGCGCUAAAUCUAAUCACCAAUCUACCGUAGUUUCGAGGGCGGGGGUAGGCUCGUUUUUUCAGAGAGCAGCUGAAAAAUUUCAGGUGCUUUCUCUAUAUAUUUUUCUCUCAAUUCCGAUAUUUUAUUUCAGAAGUUUUUCAGCCAACCUUCAGCUUAUACGAUUUUUUCCAGGGUUCUACAAUAUUAAAAUGUACAUCACUGCCUUGUUUUUCGCCGUCGCUAUUUUGAUAUCAAGCCUGAAUUGCGAAGCAUGCGUCAACGCGGAGUGUCGUCAAAUCAGCAAUGAGGCUGCCGUUGAAGAUGUUUUUCAGCGAUUUUUGGCGGAUCGCCAGAAAAGUAUGUUGUUUUUUGGUUGAGUUCUCCUAACUAUAUAGAUUUUUGCAGUGAAACGUGACUACGAUUUUGUUCGAUUUGGAAGAAGUUCACCACCAGCUAAAAAAGCGUCCUAUGACUACAUUCGAUUUGGAAGAAAAUAA